ACAAGUAAUCGCCCACCGACGUCUUAGCGAGCCCCAUAGAGCCGCAUCAAAACUUCCAACAUCGACUUUAUUUUUCUGAUUCCUUACUUCCGCACCCCGACAACGACACACCCUCGACAAACCGGAUUGCGCUGCCGUCUCCUCAGCCAUGGCCCCUCGCUCCUACUCCAAGACCUACAAGGUCCCUCGUCGCCCAUACGAGUCGGCGCGUCUUGACUCCGAAUUGGAAAUUAUCGGCAAAUAUGGCCUCCGUAACAAGCGUGAAGUCUGGCGUGUCCAGCUUACCUUGUCCAAGAUUCGACGUGCUGCUCGUGAGCUCCUCACUCUUGACGAGAAAGACCCCAAGCGCCUGUUCGAGGGCAACGCCUUGAUUCGCCGUCUUGUCCGCGUUGGUGUGCUCGACGAGUCCCGCAUGAAGCUCGAUUACGUCUUGGCGCUCAAGGUCGAGGAUUUCUUGGAGCGCCGUCUGCAGACCCAGGUCUACCAGCUCGGUUUGGCCAAGUCCAUUCACCACGCCCGUGUCCUCAUCAGACAGCGACACAUCCGUGUUGGAAAGCAAAUCGUCAAUGUUCCUUCUUUCGUCGUCCGUCUCGACUCCCAGAAACACAUUGAUUUUGCUCUUACCUCGCCAUUUGGUGAAGGACGCCCUGGCCGUGUCCAGAGAAAGAAGAACAAGGCUGGUGAGAAAGGAGAUGUGGAUGAGGAGGAAGAGGACGAGGAGUAGAUGUGUGCGUGGAGUUAAUCAUGAAAGGGAGGCGUUAUUUGCUAUCCGGCAUACCCUAAUGUAUGAUCAAAUAAAUAUCGGAAAACUAUUUCAUGAGAAUGAAGAAAAGCUAGCCAUUCUACCUUAUAAUGUGAAUAUGACACCAAUGAGUCCUAAUUAUGCCAACUCAUAAAGCAUAAGCGCCUGAAAAGUAACCCUGCUAAAGUUAAAACAACCUGGAACACCAUUCAGAGUCGUGAAUGUAGCCACCCAGGAGAGAACCUUUCCGCUUCAAUUAUCCUUUAACUCCCACUAAAUCUUUCAACCCCUUCUCCGCGCCCCUAUACCACCUCCCCAUUUCCUCCAGCCCAUCACUCUCCCCUUCCUGCUUCUUCCUGUGAGCCUCUGUAGCCUGCGCCACGCUCUUGACCUUCUUUCUCUCCAGUCUCACCAAUUCCCUCUCAAUCGCGUCAGCUUCUCUAGUACUCCGUGGCAAUGACGAGUUGACCGAGGCAAGCUGCCGGUCUAUGGCAACCAAUUCUGCUUCACGUUCCGCAAUCAGUUCAAGGGUGGCUGGUAACGAGAGAGUCUGGGACGAAGGAAGGGUAGAGUCAGGCUGGUGCCCAUUUGACGCUUGCGAAGCUGCAGCGCGUAGUGUAGAUAUCGUG